CCUACGAUGUUUUAGUAGCCGCCAUUUUCAAAACACGGAAGUAUGGUAGAGGUAUGAGGGCUUGGCCGGAUUCCAUCCGCUUUCCGUGUUUUUUUCGCCGCUAAAAUGGCAACUUGUCUUCCAAAGGAACUCCAAGACGUCGUGCCUGGAUGUAAGAAGGCACUGCAUCUUGAGACGCUGGACAAGAGCAAGUUAGGCGCGCCGUUUUUCUUCGUUUUGGCCCAGAGCGCCGAGAGAUUGUUCCAAGGCAGGUUUCAGGAGAGCCUGGGGUUCGCCACCAACGUCUUGGACUAUUCUUGGGAGAAGUUGAACACCGGACACUGGAAGGAUGUGGACGUCUGCUGGAGGGAGGUUUUCACGUUCGGAUCGCUGUUUAAAGCCGUCUGUCAGUACGGCAUGAGGGAUCGAUUCAACACAAUGGAUGCCAUCAAGACAUGUGACCUCGGACUUCUGAUGGGAGCUCCUGUGCUGGACAACAUCCUCAGUAGACUGGUGGCAGUUCUGCAGAACUCUGCUAGGGGGACAACCAAGAGACCUCAGGAACAAUGCUCGAAAUCACCACCCACCAGUCAAGUACCAAAGCGACCGAGGACUCUCAUCCUACCAGUCAUUGACUCGGAGAAGAAAGUACCCAGGGUGCACUGCCCCUCCUUGAAGAGCUUCCUUCUGAACUACAUGCGGAAACGGCAGCCUGUCAUCAUACAGAGCAACAUGGAGCACUGGCCAGCCAGGAACCACAGGCCUUGGAGCCUGGAGUACCUGCGACAGAUCGCUGGCUGUCGGACUGUUCCAGUGGAGCUGGGCAGGAGGUACACGGAGGAGUCCUGGUCACAGGCACUCAUGACUGUGGACGAGUUCAUCGACAAGUACAUUGUUCAGAAAUCCUCUGACGUUGGGUACCUGGCGCAGCACCAGCUGUUUGACCAGAUCCCUGAGCUGCGGGAGGACAUCCGCGUCCCCGACUACUGUUGCCUAGGAGACGGGGAAGAGGAUGACAUCGUGAUCAACGCCUGGUUCGGGCCCAAGGGCACAGUCUCGCCCCUGCACCACGAUCCUCAACAUAAUCUACUGGCACAGGUUGUUGGGUCGAAGUACGUCCGCCUGUAUGCUGAGGAGGUGUCCGACUGUGUGUACCCUCACGAGGGCCACCUGCUGCACAAUACCAGCCAGGUUGAUGUGGAGAACCCCGACCUUCAGCAGUUCCCCCGGUUCAAAAGCGCCCCCUACUUGGAGUGCACUCUCGAGCCAGGAGAAAUGCUGUACAUCCCACCCCGGUACUGGCACUACAUCAGGUCCCUGGAUGUCAGCUUCUCUGUCAGCUUCUGGUGGUCCUAGUGCCCUGUACAGUCAUGCCCUCUAUCUGUAUUGAUACACAUCCCACCCCGGUACUGGCACUACAUCAGGUCGCUGGAUGUCAGCUUCUCUGUCAGCUUCUGGUGGUCCUAGUGCCCUGUACAGUCAUGCCCUCUAUCUGUGCUGAUGUACAUCCCACCCCGGUACUGGCACUACAUCAGGUCGCUGGACGUCAGCUUCUCUGUCAGCUUCUGGUGGUCCUAGUGCUCUGUACAGUCACGCCCUUUAUCAUCAUUUCAUAAUAUCAUUAUUGGGUGGGUCGACUGCUCUCUCUUUGCAGCAAGGGGCUGAAUUGUGAGCUUACAAUAGCAGGGGCUAAAUCACAAGGGUCUGGAGUGGCUGGCUACAUGUACAGGCUACAGGUUUAAACCACUCACACCAGGAAGGAUCCCUUCUCUUUGUGACACUGUUGCACCUUCCACCUCAGCAUUGGCUCUAUAUACAAUCCCUGAAUGUCAGUUUCUGGUGGUCCUAGUGCCCUAUACAGUCAUGCUAUCUGUAUUGACACACAUCGCACCCUCGUAUUGGCACAAUAUCAGGUCCCUGAAUGCAAGCUUCUGGUGCGUGGUCCUUGUGUCCUGCCCCCUAUCUGUACUGUUGAGCAAAGCACCUUGGUACGUC